UGGAACGGAGAGUGACACACAAUAUGAAAUACUACACAGUUGAGACUGGCAAUACUUUGGAUUCUCAUAUUCAGUUUAUGAGACGACUCAACAACACCACAAGAUGUUUUACGGAAGUGAAGUCGCCAGUGGAGAGUGAUGUCAUCAUGGCUUUCUGUCCCAUCGUCUCCCGCGCCGGGACUGAUAUUGAAGCAGCACUGCAACAGAUUCCAACUGGUAAAGAUGUCCUUCUGGUAGUGCUGCAUCACACCUUCAACCCAGACUACACUGUACCUGACAGCAGCAGACUAGUGACCAGAAGUGAUGUAAUACUCACAGUGGACUGUCUGUUCCAUGAGAGCCAGGGAGGACUACUGAACUGUCCUCGCAAUGAUGCAGCAGUCAGCAGGGUUCUGAAGAGACUGAACAUACAGCCAAAGAUUGGAGCUGAAGAACGGAUCAGAAUCCCUGAGCAGGGUAACAGGCGGUUUAUGAGACGACUCAACAACACCACAAGUUUUACGGAAGUCGAGUCGCCAGUGGAGAGUGAUGUCAUCAUGGCUUUCUGUCCCAUCGUCUCCCGCGCCGGGACUGAUAUUGAAGCAACACUACAACAGAUUCCAACUGGUAAAGAUGUCAUUCUGGUAGUGCUGCAUCACACCUUCAACCCAGACUACACUGUACCUGACAGCAGCAGACUAGUGACCAGAAGUGAUGUAAUACUCACAGUGGACUGUCUGUUCCAUGAGAGCCAGGGAGGACUACUGAACUGUCCUCACAAUGAAGCAGCAGUCAAGAAGAUUAGGCUGAAGCUUGACAUGGUAUGA